AUGGAAUUUGCUGGAUGCGACAGAAGCAGGCACCGCCGUUCCUUCCAACAGGCGCCCUGUGCAGCCGGCGCCCGCGGUUCUCAGGGCUCCGAGCGCUCAGCUUGGCUUGCCGCGUCGCGCCGCGCGUCGUGCGCCGCGCAGGUGACGCACCUUGGUUACUACCGGACGGAGGAGGAGGCGGCGCGCGUGUACGACAAGGUGUCGAUCAGCCUCCACGGGGACAACGCUCAGACUAACUUCCCCAUAGACCAGUACGCAAAGGAGGUGCCGGCGCUGCAGCAGCGGUUGAGCGGUCUGAGCCGCGAGGAGCUGCAGCGGGCGCUGGGUGUGAAGCCCAUGGACCGCAGCAGCAAAUACCGCGGAGUUGGCAAGAAGAGGGGGCGCUGGGAGGCCAAGGUGGUGCUCAACCGCCGCUGGGCGUACCGGGAGCUGUUUGACUCCGAGGAGGACGCGGCGCGCGCGUACGACGGCGCGAUCUGGCGCCUGCGGCCGCGGGACGCGCGGUCGUACGUCAACUUCAAGGACUCGUGCCCGCAGGACGUCGCCGACUCGCUGCGGCGCGCGGCCAAGGACCACCAGCCGAUCGCGCUGCACCCGAGCGGCCUGCCCAUGACCGCCAAGCCGCUGCUGGACGCGGGGCUGCUGUACGACGACGAGGGCGUCAGCGUGAAGACGUCCAAGCACCGCAUGGCGCGCAUCGUGUCCACGGGCGACCUGGCGACCAUCGGCGACGUCAACGCCGCGACCACCAGCAGCGGCGACCCCUCCGGCGCGCACGACCACAGCGGCACGACGGGCGGCGGCUGCACGCCCACCGCGGGCGCAGCGGCCGCGGGCGUCAGCGGCGGCGCGAGCGGCGCGGCGUCGAUGCCGAAGAGCGCGUCGUUCACGGCGCUCUCUACACUCGACCACGCGGCGGUGGCCGCCUCCGCCGCGCCCGGCGCCAUCCUCAGCGCCGGCGGCGCGGCCGGGCCCCCGCCGGGCGUGCUGGUGCCCAUGGGUGCAUUCAGCAUGGGGCCCGUGCCCAUGCUCGGCACGCACAUGGGUGGCGGCAUGGUGGCACUCGCGGGCGGCGGCAUGACGCGCGUCCAGAGCACGCCGUCGCUGCAUGCGUAUCACGCACAGGCCGGCGCCGCGCCCCAGCCGCUCGGCGCGCACGGCCUCCCGGGCCUCGGCGAGGCGGGGGCGCCGCAUUUUGGGGACAGCGGCGGCGGCGGGCUGCGGGCUCCUGGGCAGGGCGGGGUGGCGGGCUUCUCGGGCGGCGGCGGCGGCAUGGCGAGCGUGAAGCUGGAGGGAACCUACUGGAGCGCAGAACUGCCUGAGGCCGGCGGUGGCGGUGGCGGUGGCGGUGGCGGCAUGAACCGGUCCCGCUCAUGCGGCAACUUGGCCUUGGGCGGUGGCAUGGGCGGCAGCGACCUGGCAUCCUUGCAGCAGCAGCAGCAUCACACGGUGGCCACGGCGGCCAUGCUGCAGCAGCAGCAGCAACAGCAGCAGCACCAUCAACACCACCAACAUCACCUCCACCAUCACCACCAGCAUCAACAACAGCAGCAGCAGCAAAGCAGCGAGGGCAGCCCGCUGCUGCAGCAGUACAGCGGCAGCGGCAGCGCGGGCGGCGCCGGCGACGGCGGCGGCGGCAGCGCGGGGCGGCAGCUGCUCGUGCGCGUGGGCAGCGAGCAGCACCUCAUUGCGCCGCAGCCGACGCAGCUCGGCCUCAAGGGCAUGUCGCGAAUUGCCAGCGAGAGCCACUUGGGAAGCAUGGUGCCGGUGACCCCCACCAGCCUGCUGCUUCGGGGCGAGGUGGAAUUGGGGGGCGGCCAAGGGGCCGGCGGGCAGGGCGGCCUGUCCCAGCAGCACAUGCAGCACCAGGCGAUGCUGCUGCAGCAGCAGCACCUGCAGCAGCAGCAGGCGCUGUACCAGCACCACCAGCAGCAGCAGCUCGGGCUGCUCCAGCAGCAGCAGCAGCAGCUGGCGCAGCGGCACGGGGGCGCGAUGCCGAGGUCGCACUCGGUGGCCGUGAUGGGGGGCCUCGAGUCCAUCGACGAGAUGGCCGCCACGUCAUCUUAUUCAACGCUCUUGGGCGGCGUCUCAGGUCCAAACCUGGGUCUGGCCGGCGGCGGCAGCGGCGGCGGCGCCCCCGGCAUGGUGCCCGUCGGGCAGCCCGGCGGCGCGCACGGCGUUGGGCACGGCCUGCUGGCGCCCCAGGCGCCGCCGCCGGGCGCGCUGCCGGGCGGGGUCGCGGUCCCGCUCGGCGGGCUGCAUGGGGGGUACAGCCACGCGCCGCUGGGGCUCGCGCCCAUGCAGCUGGUUCACGCCGCGCCCCCCGGCGCUGGGCCCGCCGGCGGCCUGCCUGGCGCGGGCCCGCCCUCCCCCCUGCCCGGCAGCGCGGCCGCCGCGGCGCAGCAGCUCGGCGCGGCGCUCGGCUCGGGCAAGCAGCCGCACGGCGACAGCAGCGGCGGCGGCGGCUGGGGCACGCCCCCCGGCGGUGGCGGCGCCGCCGCCGGGGCCCAUGGCGGCCUCGGCGACCCCGAGCGGCCGGACUCGCCGUUUGCCAUCAACGGGUCGGUCCACAUCGGCGGCGAGGAGUUGGAUAUGACACUCGCGUUCCUGAGCGACGGCCCUGGGGGCGUGGGGGACGAUGUGGACGACCCAGAUCACGGCCUGCGGCUGCACGACGGCCCCGGCGGCAUGCUGGCGCCGAGCCCGGGCCCUGGGGAGCUCGGGGGCGGCGGGCUGCUGCUGGGCGACGGCGUCAUGCGCAUGGACGAGACGGCGGGGUGA